AUGGUUGUCGACCUUAUUCGUAAAAAUGCAAUACACCCUCGUCGGUUCCAUAGCAAGUUUCUCUUAAAUUAUGUUGGCCAGUUCCAAGCGGGUUCUUGCUCCAAGCUAUCGGUCCCGACGAAGUUUUCUCCUACAAAUCAUGCUUCGUUCGUAACCCAAUCUUUCCUUGCGUCAGCUUACUCCAAAAAACCUUCCCAUACGAAAAGAGACUUUACUUCUUGCAAAAGUUUUUGUCACCAAUAUCCUUCUCUUCCUUCAUGUCAUAUUUAUCCUCCACGUAUCCCCACUAUAUGUGUUCGAAAAAACUCGUCGUUUUCGUCUGAUUCUAAAGGUUCGAGCGAUUCACAUGUUGCAGCUACUAAAAAAGUUGAUCCACAGCUUCAGAAUAAUUCCCCGAAUCUAGGUAACUCAUCCCAUGGAUCAAAAUUGGAAGGGCAGAAGAAAAGCAUUAAUUCAUCCUCAGAGAAUUCCGAUCCUAAAACCCCCCAGGAGCCUCGAAAAAUAACCUUUUGGAAUAUCCUCGUCCUUGCUAAAGGCCAAGGAAAGCAAUUUUCCCUAGCUGCAACACUCCUGUUAAUCUCCUCGUCUAUUUCUAUGUCAAUCCCAUAUGCCGUAGGCAAGAUUGUGGAUGCUGGAUCAAGCAGUGUUGAAAGCGGAUUUACAGAAAUCAUGGGGAUACCUUCUAAUACUUUUUAUAUGGGUUUACUGGGGCUCUUUUUGGUUGGUUCUGCUUGUAAUUUUGGCAGGAUCUUCACACUUCGACUCCUAAGUGAAAACAUCAUUUCUCGUCUCCGUUCCCGGCUUUUUGCUAAAUGCCUCAGUUUAGACGGGCGUUUCUUUGAUUCACACUUGCAUGGAGAUAUCAUCUCUCGCUUAACCACCGAUAGUAGCAUCGUUGGUAAAUCUCUCUCCACAUAUCUUAGUGACGGAUUAAGAAGUACUGUCAGUGCCGUCGCUGGCAUUGCUAUGAUGUUGUAUACAUCUUUAACACUUACUGGUUAUAUGUCUCUAAUUGUUCCUCCAAUAGCGUUAGGUGCUUUCUUUUACGGAGAAUAUGUUAGGAAACUAUCUCGUAAGACUCAGGAUGCUUUAGGUGAUCUGACACGAGUCUCAGAGGAAAGACUCGCAAAUGUCCGUACUACCCAGGCAUUUUUGGGAGAACGUCAGGAGGUCCACCGUUUUAAUAAUUAUAUCCGUAAUCUCUUCAACCUUGCCCGGAAAGAGGCCUUGGCCAGUGGUGUUUUUUUCGGUUCUACGGGUUUUUGUGGGAAUGCAACCGUUAUUGCUAUACUUGCAUUGGGUGGUAAUAUGGUUGCGGCCGGUCACAUUACAGUAGGCCAACUAAGCUCCUUCUUACUUUAUACUGUUUACGCCGGAGGAAGCAUUAUUGGUCUUUCUGGGUGUUUUACAGACAUAAUGAAAGGUCUAGGUGCAGCCGGUCGAUUGUUCGACUUAUUGGAUAGUGUCCCUAAAAUCGUACCUUCCACUGGAACACCAGUUCCUAGUACCAUUCGAAACUCAGUGUUGACUUUUGAGAACGUCGGUUUUGCUUAUCCUACGAGGCCAAAAUCUACUAUCUUCAAGGAUCUUUCCUUUGAAAUACAACCUGGUAUGAACAUAGCCAUUGUAGCAGCUAGUGGUGGUGGAAAAUCAACCGUCUCUCAGCUUCUUUUGCGAUUUUAUGAUCCUAUUUCUGGAAGAAUUUUAGCUAAUGGAACCGACGUUUCUACCUUCAAUGUACAACAAUGGCGUCGUAACUUUGGUGUUGUAGGACAAGAACCGGUUCUUUUUACGGGUACCAUCAGAGAUAACAUUGCAUACGGAAAUCCGAAUGCAACUCAAGAGGAAAUAGAAGCUGCUGCUCUACGUGCUGAUUGUGGGUUUAUAUAUUCUUUUCCAGAUACUUGGGAUACUGAAGUCGGUACGCGUGGGCUGCAGCUCAGCGGAGGACAAAAACAACGUAUUGCAAUUGCCAGAGCACUUCUUCGGACUCCUGCAUUUUUAAUAUUAGAUGAAGCCACUUCUGCUUUGGAUGGUGAAGCAGAGGUAAUGGUAAAUCGUACUAUUCAAUCCUUGAUGCAUAAUCGAAACAUGACUACAAUAACUAUUGCUCAUAAGCUAGCUACCAUACGAAGUGCUGAUUUAAUUUUAGUCAUUGGCGAUGGUAAAAUCCUUGAACAAGGGAAAUUCGAAGAACUCUCUCAGCCGGGAAGUAAUUUUUAUAGACUGAUAAAAUGGCAAUUGGGCAGGAUCGAUGAUGUGCCUCCUCAGUAA